ACUGCAUCCACUGAACCAAGAAAUACAUCAACUGUGCAAAGUACUGCAUCUACUGAAACGAGUACUGCAUCCACUGAAGCAAGUACAAUGUCUACAGAAUCUCCCACAACUGGAUCUUCAUCACUUUGCCACCAACUCAACUACUAUGUUCAAGCUGCAUUUGCAUUUGAAAAGUUUUUAGUUGUGAUUCAUGAAGAUCAACGAUUUCUGUACCCUGAUGGAGACUUGACAUCAACCCCUACUAUUGGUACCCCUAUGGGGCAGAUAUACACAGAGAUGGGGGGUGAGGUUCAGGCGGCAUUCUCUAACUCAACAGCUGGAUAUUAUCUCAUGAAUGGUAAUAUUAUAUUCUACCCUGAUGUCAGAGUGAUCAACUUUACCCA